CUUAGUAUCCCAUCCCAUUCCAUCCCAUCUCAUCUCAUCCCCAUCCCGUCUCUCCGUCCCUGAACUCAUCCCAUCCCAUCCCAUCCCAUCCCAUGCGUCUGGAAGACUCCGGCCUGUCGCAGCGGCUCCGGGCCGUCCGCAUGUUCGGAGAGAUGUCCGUCCUCUGAUUCGCUCUCUGCCCAUCGGAAUGCGGAAUGCCACCCACCCAAAAGGCAAUUGGCAAACCCACCGAAACCCCAACGAAACAAGACAUGGCCAAGACAGCUCUGUGACAAGAGCUUCGGGGGUCCUGGCUUUGCCUGGGUCCUCCUGUCACUGUGACCGGUCCUUGUUCCUCAUGGAAGAACGUUAAAAAAAUGUUGUGCCCACUAAAAAGUAAUCAAUGCAAAAUCACAUAUCAGUUGCCCCGGCCCCUUGACUCGAUUUUCCAAAACGUUGCUUCUCUAUCACACACUCUCUCUUUACUGAUAUUGUUUAACUCCGUCCCUCCCCCUUUCGCUCUCUUGCUUUUUCACUGCCUCUCUCAAUGGCGGCGUAUAGUUACAGCACUUCGAGUUCCGAGCUUUCAACUCCCAGAUCCUCCUCUCCUUCCUCAGUCAUUAGCCGCUCAUCGACGGCCACAACUAUCAGCAAGAGAAUGUCUAUCUCCCAGCGAAGGAUUUCGGGAUUUGACCCAAUGUCUGCUGUAAACAUGGACCAUGUCGAAGCUGCUAUGAAAGCUGCUGCUCUCGAUUGCUUCAAGGGAUAUGCUCAAAAUAACUACGGAACUGUCCAGCAAUACCGGACCACAGACUACGUCCCUAAAAACAGUGCUGGAGGUUAUCAGGUUCUCCGAGAACCAGCAUGGAACAAAGGUACAUCUUUCAACCCGGAUGAAAGAAUAUCCAAAAACCUCACUGGCCUCAUUCCUCAUGUCCUAGAGAGUCUCGAAACACAAUGCCAGCGAGCUCUGCGGAUGAUCAACAGCCGUGGAACCAACAUCGACAAAUACCUCUACCUCUCUACCCUUAAGCAAAACAACACAGAUCUGUUCUACAGACUACUGAUUGACAACGUCGCUCAAUUGAUGCCUCUCGUCUACACGCCAACAAUUGGAGAUGUCUGCCUGCAAUAUUCCACGUUAUACACCCACCCGGAGGCUCUCUACAUUUCAAUCAAGCAACGCAAGUCCAUUGCCACCAUUCUUCGCAAUUGGCCAUACCCGGACCCAUCCAUCGCCGUUGUGACUGACGGAUCCCGUAUUCUCGGACUGGGUGAUCUUGGUGUAAACGGUGUUGGAAUAUCUAUCGGCAAGCUGGCACUUUACACGGGAGCGGCCGGUAUCCACCCAGAGAAGACACUUCCAAUUGUUCUAGACUGUGGUACAGCGAAUGAGGGCAACCUCCGUGACCCAUUGUAUCUUGGUCUCAGACAGAAGCGUGUGCCACCUGAGGUCGCAUUGGAGUUCAUGGACGAGUUCAUGGCAGCCGUCAAGGAGGUCUAUCCCAACAUGCUUGUUCAAUUCGAGGAUUUCGAGACCGAGAAGGCCUUCCAGUACUUGGAACGUUACAAGCAAGAGAAGUGCUUCAACGAUGACAUCCAGGGAACUGGUGCAGUUGUGUUGGCUGGCUACAUGGGCGCUGUUAACUUGUCGGGCGUGCCCAUCGAAGAUCAAAGACUUGUCUUCAUGGGGGCCGGAUCAGCUGGUGUUGGUGUUGCCAAGCAAGUGAUGGAAUUCUACACCCGUCGCGGUCUCUCGGAACAGCAAGCACGCGAAAAGUUCUGGCUCGUUGACACCAAGGGUCUUGUGACAAGAGACCGUGGAGACAGACUCGCGGAGCACAAGAAGAUCUUCGCGAGGAGUGACAAUAAUGGCCACCAAUUCAGCACCCUCGAAGCUGUCAUCGAAUACGUCAAGCCAACAGCUCUUGUCGGUUUGACUGCUACUUUCGGCGUCUUUACCGAAUCAGUUGUCCGCGCCCUAAAGGUGUCGGUCGAUGCUGGCGGACUCGGACGCCGACCCAUUCUCUUUCCCUUGAGCAACCCUCUCACCAAGGCCGAAUGUACCUUCGAACAAGCGAUUACCUGGACCGAAGGCACUGCCAUCUUUGCCUCCGGAUCUCCAUUCUCACCUUUCACAACUAAGAACCUCGACAGUGUUACCACGUACUAUCCCAAUCAAGGCAACAAUGUCUACGUCUUUCCCGGUCUCGGCCUUGGUGCUAUCCUGGCAAAGACAUCUCGUGUAACCGAUAGUAUGGUCUACACCUCCGCCGCUGCCCUAGCUGGUUGCCUCAACUCGGAAGAAAUCCGCAUGGGUCUCAUCUACCCCAAGAUCGAACGCGUGCGUGAUGCAUCUGUAGUCGUAGCUCGGGAAGUGAUGAAGACCGCCCGCCGAGAAGGCGUCAGCACUCUACCCGAGGAGACGUGGAUCGAGUGGGAGGAGUGGGGAGAUGUUGCCUUGACUGCGUGGAUCAAGAAGCAAGUCUACGACCCUAAGUGGUAGUGGGAAUCUCCUGUAGGCUGAUCUGAUUUCUUCUCGUUCACUACUUUAUUUGGCCGGCUAUGCACGGUCUCUCUCUACAUACAACAGCAUUGCCUGGCGUUCUGGGUCGGGAUAAUAUGGGAUGGAUACCUAUUUAGAUUUUAGAGCUUACUAGCCCCAACGAUUGACUCGUUUGGAUCUUGUUGUAAAUGUAAAGCGUUUGAAUUUCCGGCACACUUCCUUGACAUAUUCUCUCGUCUCAUCCCGUCUUCAUGUCUUCCAUCCAAACUCAAAUUCUUCAGAAGUGUCUGGGCUGGUAACCAAAGGUUCAAAGCCGCUCCAACUUUUUGUUGCCGCCACGAGAUACCAUUUCACGAUUCCGAAUAGACGGAGAAUUGAAAGAAAUUGUGUCGGUUGGCACAGAGCCAGAAUGAUACAUGUCGUCUGGAGCGUGGAGGUAAUAGCACGGUAUGAUUCAAUUGCUGAUCAUUCUCUAUUCGAGGAAGUUGUGAGUCGCGCCUCAGGGAAACCUCUUCCUAGAUACAGAGAGAAGAGGAGAGGUGGAGAAGGAGGGGAACCUGGAAAUACGGUACUGUAGGCGUAUGUAAUUUACUCGUACCUAGAGCUAGGCUGCUAGGUACGCAGGGAGGCAGGCAGGCAGGCAGGCAGGGCAAGGGGUCCCGCCAAGCCCGCUCGCUAGGUAAGCGACAAGGCGAGGGGAGCUUCGGUUGGGAAGAGAGGAGGAGGAGGGGAAAGGGAAGGAAAGGUCACGAAUAAAUAAAUAAACACCAAAGAGGACCUCGAUUUUUUGUUCUGUUCUGUUCUGUAGAUACCUUUAAGACCCCUUCCCCCAAUCACACAUGUGACACCCGAAUGCUAGGGUACGUUACCCACCAGUAUAUAAUACUGCAUGCACCUCAGCUUUCAAGUGGAGGCUGAAGCGUGCUGCGUGCUGCGUGCUGGAAACGACCGGCCCCGGCCCCCGGCCCCCGGCCAGCCCGGGAUCCCCAAGAUGGUUAAUAGUAGGUGUUAUAGCUAUACCUAAAUUCCGACUCCGGAAUUGUAGGGGAAAGCGAGUUGUCCGCAGCAAGCGAGUUGUCCGCGGCCGCUAUCUAGAUUUGUUAGAAACCCUACUAAAAAACCCCUCCUUUUGAUGAACCUUAGAGACAAUUCUUGAUUAAGGAACAACUUACCUCCUGUCCACUUGUAAAUCCCGUGUUUUUUUGACUGAAUAUAGCGCGUCUCUCUUUAGCUCCAUCGAAUCGUCUCUUGCGCGACCUCCUAGAGUAAGAUAAGGUGUAAAAGGCUCUCGAAUUCCUUCGCGAUAACCCUACGGAAUCACCUAUUACUGCUGCCCGAAUAUAUAGAGUAUUGAAGCCGAAUACUGUUUAAAAGAAGUGGAGGAGAGAGCGAGCCAAAAGAGAGGCUUAGAACGCUGUUCUCUAUAGGGGUUAGAAUCGAAUAUUAUCGAAGGCGCAAGAGAGAGCUCUAGUACGAUAUAUUAUUAAUUAAGCUACCGAUAGAGGCAAAGGAGCUACGAAACAGAUGGUCUACAAUUGCGCUAUAUAUCUUCGAGCUUAAGACGAUCUAUACUAUUAAAACUAAGCCUAUUGCCUCCUAUCGAGUCGAUAUGCAUAUAGAGAAGCACCUGGAGGAAUAGUUCCGGCUUGAGCUUACGCCAGCGAUUAAGGCGUGCGGAAUCGAAGGAGCAAAGGAUCGAUACCGAAUCUUUAAUAUGGACGAAAAGGGAGCUCGAGUUUGUAUACUAGCUGGAGAGGAGGUUGUUGUACCUAUUGGAAUCAAGGAGAUAUAUACCGGU